AUGAACGUUUUACGAAUCGCAGCUGCAAUAUCAUUAGCUUGCAUUUCAAAGGUAAAAAAUAAUUUUGAGUUUUCCAUAAAUAAUUUAUCUAAUAUUUUUGUUUUUCAUAAGGCUAAAGCAGGGCACUAUUCAUGUUUAUGUCCUCCUGGUUUACUCGAAUGCACACCUCUACCACCUUGUCUCCCGGAACUACUACCUCCACCGGUUCCACUUCCACUUUCGCCUUCGUGUUUGCCAUCGCCACCAGUACCACCCCCUAAUUUAUUGCCUCUUUUACUGAAACUUUUACCACUAUUGGCCGCCCCUCCACCGUGUUCUUCUCUAUCUCCAUUUCAAGCACCGUGUCCACCGUAUCUUUCAGCACCUCUAUCAUUACCUCUCCCACCCCCAUGUAUACCAUUACCUCCAUCACCACCAUCGAAUUUGUUACCACUUUUAUCGACACUCAUACCUCUUUUAACUACCCCUUCACCAUGUUUGCCUCUACCUCCAUUGCCAUCACCAUGUUUGUCAGCACCACUACCCCUUCCACUCCCACCCCCAUGUCCUCCAGCACAAUUUCCCCUUCCCUCAUGUUUGCCAUUGCCACUUCUACUGAAACUAUUACCACUUUUGGCUGCCCCACCACCAUGUUCACCCUUACCUCCAACACCACCACCAUGUCAGCCAGCACCUGAUUCGUUAGCGUUUUUACUGAAACUUUUACCAUUUUUAGCUACUACUCCACCAUGUUUGUCACCCCCCCCUCCUUGUUUUCCAACAUGCUGA